UCGGGGCUCUUGCGUUGUGAGUGUGUGCAUUUUAUGGACAAGAUGGAUGAAGAAUUAAAAUGCCCAGUUUGCGGUUCUUUAUUCAAGGAUCCCAUCAUUCUACCUUGCUCUCACAAUGUUUGCUUGGCUUGCGCCAGAAACAUCAUUGUACAGACCCCGGAGGGUGAAACACCUCCGCAUAGCCGUGCCUCCGGGAACUCGGAUUACGAUUAUCUUGAUAUGGACAAAAUGAGCAUGUAUAGCGAAACGGACAGCGGCUAUGGGUCAUACACGCCGUGCCUGAAGUCUCCAAACGGGGUAAGGGUGUUUCCUCCGGCUAUGUUGCACCGUCAUUGCUCCAUCACCUGCCCCCUUUGUCAUCGCAGCGUCUCUCUAGAUGAGCGGGGGCUAAGGGGCUUCCCACGUAACCGACUGCUGGAGGCAAUCGUCUCACGCUAUCAGCAGAGCCGUUCUGUGGCGGUGAAAUGCCAGUUGUGUGACCGCAACCCGGUUGAAGCCACCGUGAUGUGCGAACAGUGCGACGUCUUCUACUGUACACCCUGUCAGCAGCGAUGCCACCCUUCUCGUGGACCGCUGGCCAAGCAUCGAUUGGUACCUCCGACGCAAGUGGCAGGCGCUAGCCAGCAGCAGCCGGCGGCGUCCGCUCGCAAGCUGGCAACAUGUGCAGACCACGACGUGGAGAACUAUAGCAUGUACUGCAUCAACUGCAAAAUUCCAGUCUGUUUCCAGUGCCUGGAGGAGGGCAAACACGGAAAACACGAUGUCAAACCCCUGGGUGCCAUGUGGAAACAGCACAAGUGUCAGCUCUCCCAAGCUCUGAGUGGAGUGUCAGACAAAGCCAAGGAUGCCAAAGAGUUUCUGGUUCAGCUGAAGAACAUGCUUCAGCAGAUACAGGAGAACGGAGUGGAGUUCGAGGCGUGCCUGGUGGCUCAGUGUGACGCGCUCAUCGAUGCGCUCACGCGACAGAAAGCCAAGCUCCUCACCAAGGUCACCAAGGAGCGCGAGUACAAGCUGAAGGUGGUACGCGACCAGAUCACUCACUGCACCAUGAAGCUGCGUCAGACCACGGGAAUGAUGGAGUACUGCCUGGAGGUGAUCAAAGAGAACGACCCCAGUGGCUUCCUGCAGAUCUCAGACGCCUUGAUCAAGAGGGUGCAAUCAUCCCAGGACCAGUGGGUGAAGGGGGCCCUGGAGCCCAAGGUCGGCCCAGAAUUUGACCUGAGUGUGAACACUGACCCUCUGCUGCAGGCCAUUCACCAGCUAGACUUCAUCCAGGCUAAAGAUUUUCAGGAGACUCCAUUAUUGAAACAAAAGCAUGCAGGUGGACUGAAAGUGGCGGAAAGCACAGGAGUGGAGGCCCUGAAUGUGCCACCCGCGCCCCUGCUGCAGCUGGAGAAAUGCUGCACCCGAAACAACAGCGCCACCCUGGCUUGGAGGGUAACUGCAGGUCCCUCCGUCCCAAUCGAAGCCUAUGUGCUGGAGCUGGACGAUGGCAAUGGCGGCCAGUACAGGGAGGUGUACGUUGGAAAGGAGACCGUGUGCACAGUGGACGGGCUCCAUUUCAACAGCUCCUACAACGCACGUGUGAAAGCUUACAACUCCACAGGAGUGGGGCCCUACAGCAAGACCGUCAUCCUGAAGACCUCCGACGUGGCGUGGUUCACCUUUGACGCCACCUCCGCUCACAGGGACAUAGUGCUGACCAACGACAACCAGACGGUCAGCUGCAACAGCUAUGACGACCGCGUGGUGCUGGGAACAGCCGCCUUCUCCAAAGGCGUGCACUACUGGGAGCUGUGCGUGGACCGCUACGACAACCACCCCGACCCCGCCUUUGGCGUGGCUCGCAUCAACACCAUGAAGGACAUGAUGCUGGGGAAAGACGACAAGGCCUGGGCCAUGUACGUGGACAACAACCGCAGCUGGUUCAUGCACAACAACUCCCACACCAGCAGGGCGGAGGGUGGCAUCGCUAAGGGCUCGACCGUGGGCAUCCUGCUGGACCUGAACAAGCACACGCUCACCUUCUUCAUCAACAAGGAGCAGCACGGGCCCGUGGCCUUCGAGAACAUGGAGGGCGUCUUCAUGCCCGCCGUCAGCCUCAACAGGAAUGUCCAGGUCACGCUGUCGACAGGCCUGGAUGUGCCAAAGAAUAUGCAGCAGCCAUAACUGCUUAAGGGGACCUUGGAUAAAACAGUCAAUUUCAAACUGGCGCUUCGCAAGCCCCAAUCAGAUCUGUACCGUGUUCAACGUCUGCUAACAACACCGUGGUGGGAGGUUUAAGACUCAUACAUCGCUAUAUACUAUGUUCAUUGGUGUUUUUUUAGACCUCAAUGGUAAAACAGCCAAUUACAUCUCAGUCAAUCAAACGAUCAAUAAUUCAAUGAUAUGUGAUUACAAAUCACAACAUAGUCCUUUCAUAUUUUUAAAACUGCUCUCUUGCUCCUGACACCCCUGAUCCCAAGUCAUCACCCUGCUAUCUGAUUGACAGUUAUCACACCUAAGGGAGUGUUCAUUGGCUGAUCAGUGCACUGGGAUCAGCAGGGAAUGAGGAAGCAGUCUGGGACUCAGUCUACAUCCGAAAAUAGCAACUACAGACUAGAAGUGCCCUAUAAUUCUAACGAUCAACUUAUCUCAGGUUCAUAAAAUAUAAAAUAAUUGUGUUGUCUGCAUUGUUUAUAUGUUAUCAAAAGCGUCUGGGAAACAAAGGUGGCAAACAAACACAAGACUUUCUCAGAUGCUACCUGUUACAGCACUUGGUAGAGCACAUAUGUAAAUAUUCAAUAAUCAAAAGGAGAAAUACAGUAACACUACUUAAGAGAGAGAGGGAAGGAGUGAAGAGAGAAGCAGAAGUAAGGUUGCUCUGAGUGUCAUGUCUGCUUGGGUUUCACAAUCUAUGCCUGUGAUCUCUAAGCAAGGAAUGCGAUGUACUACAGAGCUCAAGAUGGACUCUCUGCUAGGAAGUAAAUACAGCAUAUAAAAAACUCACAAGGGAUAUUAGACCCUCAGAGUACACAUUUGUAUUAUAGUUUAUAUUAUGUGGUUAAUCAAUGGGCAUGCAAACAACUAAAGCAAGAAUGUCCUGCCCUCUUUAUGAAACCAGAUGCAAGUGAUUUAGAUAAAAUCCCAAGAAUUCCCAGCUCUGCAAAUCAAAAUCAAUACGAAAUAUAUUUUUUCCUUGUGCACUUGUCCCACAUGUUAGGCUUGUUUUCAUAAGGAGGCAAGCAAAUAUGUUAUGCCCUCUUGAAGGUCAAUGAUGUUUAAAUGAAAAGCCAUUGCAAAACCCGUUAUUCAGAUCAUUGAUUGAUGAAAUUCUGUAAGGUCAUGUUUGCAUGUUACACUGCUGUAUAUAUCGCCAUGAGACUGAGUGAAGAUUCUUUGUCCUGAGCAUGAAUUUUAAGUGGACUAAUUAAAUCGGAGACCUCAUUCUGUAAAUAAUACGCAAAUGCUCCCAUUUAAACGUUUAGAUUGUGAUUUAUAUUACACACCUAUGGUGGACGUUUAGCUGUAGUUCAGUCCUAGACCUUGGCAUUAAAAACAGGGGACUUAAACAAACAAAAAAAAACUUGAUGUGAACAAGUCUGUAUAGUGUUCUCAGGCGAUUGUUCAUUUAAAUACCUCCAAACAGCAGAGACCAGAACUUAAAAUUACCGAGUUUACAUUUGAAAAUUUAAAGCUGUGGCAGAGACACGUACAGUACACACACACACACACAUACACACACAAACUGAACCAUAAGACAUGCUGUUCCUUCAGUUUAAGACAGUCAAUGACGUUUACAAGAUAUUCCAAUCACAGAAGAGCUGAGAAUCAAACUAGCACAACAUUGGGUAGAAUGCAAUUCUGCCUAUGCCAAACAGGCAUGUAAAUAUACACCAAUCAUGGAUAGGCAAUUGUGUUGUCCUGGACCAACCAGACUGGCUCAAGCCAUAAAGACAUUCUGCUCAUCAGUUAUGGGAAAAGUACAUGCAAGGAAUUCUACUCUAGAUGUCCCAAUUUGCCUAAACCCAUAUGCACAGAUUGCAUAUUCCUUUAUAUAUUAUGUACAGAUUCUCUGUAAAGCUAUGUGGUCACUGAUCACAUAUGCAUACUGUGCCUCUACUCAUGGAUGUCUGCCAUUUUGAUUACUCGAGUUUCACUGGAUGAGUGGAUUGAUUACUCAUUGGCAGUAUGAGAGAGACUCGAUGCAGUACUAGACCUGGUCUUUACAGAGGUACUGCCCCACUGUGAUUCACUGAUAUUUUAUGUAUCUUUUCAAGGAUAAAAAAAGUACAGCGCAAGACAUUGAAACAAGGGUUAGUGGGAACCGUAAUGUUUCCACAAUUUAAGGAUUGACACUUUCAGGAUUUCAGUCCCUUUAAAAUAUUGUUUCCGAAAUGUUAGGAUUUUCAUUUUUAAUUCACCAGGCAUCUCCCAAAAUUAUUUUUCAGUUUAAAAAAAAGAAAAAAAGAAGUAAUCCACAUUGUGAUGAGUGGGAGUGUACAUUUCUGAAAGUUAUGCAUGCUGUGCGUUAAAAAAUCUGUCCUUAAUCCACAUUGGGAAUAUUAUUGUUUGGAUUAAGCAUACCAAAGUUGCUUCUUGCAUCGGAAGAAUGGACUUGUUACAUUUCUGGUGAAUAAUUCAAGUUCUCCCUAUGGUAAAAUGCUAAAACAUUUUUUUUAACCUGUACGUAGUUAACAUUAAACCCUUGCUUUCACCCCCUAGACAUGUAAUUUAAUCUUUUGCAAGGAUAUAUCCUACUCUUUUUAAAUGAAUGAGCUAUUCAGGAAAUUUACAUCAAACGAUUCCAAUGCUGUUUGUUUCUUUGAUCAGGGCAACUGUAUCGUACAUUAAAAGAUAAAGAUGUACAAUAAAGUAGAACAGAUUAACUCUUCUUCUGAUUGAUCAGUUGUGUAGAACAAACUGUUGUGUAGAAUUCUAAGAAUUAAAGAUGAAGAAGGGGAAAAGUCAUUUGACAUGGAGGUCUUAAGGCAGCAAAGCUGCAUACAGUAUUUAUAGUGCAACAGAGCAUUACCCAGAGAGCACUGGGGUUGCAAUGAGCACUCCACUUCCUGUCGAGGAAGAAAUGUUUAUCAGUCUGGUAUGGCACCUGCAGCAGGGCCCAUACACAGGCUCAGAGAAAACCCAAAACUCACAGCGACCUUAGUAGUGAUGCAAAUAGAAGCUUUCCUUCUCCUCUAAAUGUCAUGUAGUGGUGUGUUUGGCAUGCAUUUUAUUUCCACACGGUAGCUUGCUUUUGAAUGUGAACAUCCGACUAAAAAACGGUGCUAGAAACAGCCAGUGUUGUGCGAUUAAAAUCUUUAUCAUUUGAAUCGAGAGGAUCCUCCUCCAUAGCAGACUUUAUACAUAUGUAUUUAUUUCAUGUUAUUUAUUUUUAUAUGUAUAUUUAGUUUUUAGAAAUGUACAUGUUGCAGCAGUGACACCAUCAAGAGUUAGUUUAUCUACCCUUGCUGUUGAGACACUGCAGAAUCGGUGAGAGGGUUUUCAAUGCGAGAAUCUACAGAGAAGCACACUGAUAAGACCCUGGGGCCCAUCGUGUCCUCUUUCUGCAACAGUUUACCAGAGAACUAGGCCUCGUACAUACCACCAGGCACCCAGGAAUGCCAGACAGUCCCACCGGACACCAUAGCAUUGGUGUCCUCUAUGUGUUCACAAAAGCUGUACUUUUUUUCUAGAAUUCUGUGUAUUUAUUUAGUUAUAAUUUCUCCUGAAAUGUAAACGUUUUGUAUUCUCCAGUGGUUUGUAUAUGAAAUGCAUUGUAAUGGCAUUGUUUUCAUACUAUAUAGUGUAAAAGAAAAGCAAUGUCUUUUUUCGUUUUGAAAAUGAAUAAAUUGUGAUGGCAUAUAAA